CUCUCGCAAAAAGUGUCGAUACCGGCGUCGUAGCGUGCUGCGUUCCCGCGGUACGCGCCAAGUGUUUAUAUUUUUUUACCCGGUGCACCGACAGAUCCUCCCAUAGAACAGGGGUGUUUUUGUUUCCAUAUUUUAUUUUUUUUUUCGUUUCCCACUUCACCCUCCCUCCCCCUAUUCCUCAGUUUUGUGAGUGCAGCUGGUUUUUUUUUUUUUUUCUACGAUAGUCGUCCGUUCCGAGGGAAUUAUUUCGCUCCGCAAUGUCUGCAGCAGUGAUGAAUGCCGGAGCAAGCGUCUUCGACUUUGGUGAUUUCCAUUAUAAGAGCCACGGGAUGAGCAGCGGAAGUUCAGCCGCGUCUAGUGCAGCGAGCACCACGAGCUCCGGCAGCAGCAGCAAGGCUGGCGGGUCAUCCCCGCCUCCGUCUUCAGCGUCCAGCUCUUCUGGUGGCAGCACAUGCAGCAGCCCUACCAACUUGGGCUGCCCUGUGGUGCUGUGUGGCAAGGGAGGCGUCUUCCGCCGCAGCUCCAACCCUCUGAGUGGGGACUCGCACGGGCCAGUGAGUGGUGCCCAAACACCGCAGCCCCAACCACACCGCAAGCUGGAUCGUAGCCAGUCAGAGCCUGCAUCUGCCGCCUCUGCCUCUGCAGCCGUCAAUACUUCUCGCUACAAGACAGAGCUCUGCCGCCCCUUCGAGGAAAAUGGCUCCUGCAAAUACGGGGACAAGUGCCAGUUCGCGCACGGUGCCCGCGAGCUGCGCUCACUUGCUAGACACCCCAAGUACAAGACGGAGCUCUGUCGCACUUUCCAUACGAUUGGUUUCUGCCCGUAUGGGCCACGCUGUCACUUCAUACAUAAUGCUGACGAGGCACGCCCCAAGUCCAUAGCUUCUCCUCCACAGUCACCUCUGCUCGUUUCUCCAGUGUCACCUGUCACUCCAGUGGCUCCGGGUAGCCCACUAGCACCAGGUAGUCCUCUAGCUCCUGGAAGCCCACUAGCUCCUGGCAGCCCACUGGCCCCCGGAAGCCCCCUGGUUGCUGCAUUGGGCGUCGCCUCUGCAUCGUCCACCUCUACUUCACCCCCACCAGGCAGCAAGCCGUCCUCACCACCAGCUGCCACCUCUCCUGCCGUGCCGCAGUCCCCGACCGAUGCUUUCACUUUCAACAUGGUAUUCACGCAGCCACCAUCCACUGCGGCGCCUUCGCUGCAGACUCUUCCGGCGUGCUUCCGUCCAUCCCCGGAGACGCGCCUGCCAGUCUUCAGAAGGGUUGCUGCCAUGUCAGAGCUUCUGGCUGGUGGGCAAUAAAGGGGAGGGGCACAGAGGGAGAGGACGACAUUAUCUGAAUCCUAAAGAACCAUCCCAGAAAUACAGAGGUUGGAUAAGUUUCGUUUGAGGGAGAAUGUGGAAUUAUCCUUUCCCUCUGCCACUAAGAUCGGUAACACUCUCACAUUACUUCCCUUUCUUUUGACAUGCUUAAUGGCAGAAAUUAGAUGCCUUUUACCAUUUGCUGUGAUGAUUCUUGGGCAUUUAAAUAAGUUUUUUUUUAUUUAUCUUGAGGUUCAUUAAAUGUAAAUAAGUGUACUUUGUUUACCGUGCACAUGAUGUAUACUCAAUUCAGUGGUUUGUUUCUCCAGUUGUUUUGUUUUGCUAUUGAAGUAGUAAACGGGUCAUGAAGUGUAAUUUAAUGUACCAGUCUCAUGAAACUUAACAACUGUGCCAGAUUGAAAAUGGUUGUUGAGUUUCUUGAAACUAGUACAUCAAAUUUUCAAAGUUUGGCAAGUAACAAUGUCUUCCAUGCACAUUUCUUGAACAUUCCACAUUCUCUCUCAUAUAUGUGCAGUUGUUUCAGACACUCAGCAGCAAUGAAACAAAUAAUUCCCUAUAGGCAGCAAUAAACACCAAUUAUUUUUAAGAUCUAAGUGCCUUUUUGACUAAUACUGUACCAGUUUAAUAUGAUUAAGAUUCUCUUUUGAGAUCCAGGUCUGAAAUCCCUGGGAAUAAAAUUCAAGCACUUGACGCUAUACAUGCAUUCUUGUACAGUAAAAUAUUUUUGUGUGUUUAUAUAUAAAUAUAUAUAUAAACAUGUGUAUAUUUCAUUGCAUGGAAAAACAGUUACAAUAAAUUAGCCAGUGUAGAAGUAAGAGAGGCAAUAGCCAAGGCAUAUACUAUAUUUCUGGUGUGAUAAUUAAGCCAUAAGAGGAAGAAAAAUAUUUAGUAGUAGACUUAUUUUUAUAUUGAUGUUUCAGCUGCAACUAACCUUCAUAUCAAAGAAAUUUGGCAGUGUGCAUAUCAUAAAUGCCUGCAAUAAUUUUCAUGAAUGUGUAUAUCUGCACAUAAGUGCUUGAAUCAGAAGCACACAAAAUUUUCCAAAUUUCUCAGUGUAUCAGAUUUUUUACACACUAUUGAACUAUAGACUGAUAGAUUGUAAUUAUCCGGUAUUAUAGUGUCUCUAGCAUGGAUGAGGACCAAACGUUGCUGAAAUCUGGUUAGUUUUCAAAUGAGAAAUCAGCAACAUUCCAAACAGGAAACUUCUGUACAUUCAUUUUAUUUAUGGUUACAGUAUUGCUUUGAGUUUUAAUUUUUGUUUUCCUCUCCUUGAACAGACUGAUAAUAAGAUUCAGUUGUACAAAACUUUGUAUACCACAUUGUACAUAAACCUGCUGUCUUUCUGAUACCGUACUAAAUUGGAGGAGAAUGUUUUAUUAUAAAUAUAAUAUAUUAUGUAUACAUAUAUAUGUGAAAGUGGGGUGCCACAUUAUUUAAUUUAUACACAUUAAAUUAUAUUUUGAUGCUGUUACAUGAUGCAUAACAUUAUUUUCUUUCUCUUUCUAUGAUGCUUUGGACUUUCAUUAUUUAUAGUAAUCUUAUUCUUGAUAUGAGUAUCUAAAAAUUCUGGUUAACAAAAUGCUGUUAGAAGUGACGCUGUUGUGGCACUAGUUUUGGAAGUGAUUAUGCUACUGAACUGAUUAAUGAUAAUGUGCCUUGUGGAAAGAAAUUAUAUUGUGUGUUCAUCUGUUAUGGUAUUUGGAAGGUAUAGAAUUGACUGGCAAGACUUUAUUUAAUUAAAAAAAAUUUGCCUCAAAAUUUUUGUUCUGCUUCUAACAUUUGAGGGAGGUCCAAACAGCAAUAUUGACAAAUUUCUCCUUUUCAUGUUUUGAAAAGCUCAUUUAAAUAUUUGUGUGAAGUCAUUUGGGUUCUUGUAUUGUUUUAUUUAUUUUAUGUACAGACAACAUUUUCAUUCCAUUUUUAAAAUAUCUGAGCAUUAUUUAAACAUAUUUAUUUCAUAAUGACAUCAUGAACUUUGUUUUUUAAUUAUAUUGAUUCAAAUGUAAGUUUCUUAUUUAUUAAUGAUAAAGUGGAUAGUUUUGCAUGCAAAAUGAUGUGAAAGGCUGAAGAAAUAAAUCUGUACAAAUUUAAAUGUACUGAAUUCUAUUUAUUUAUUAUCUUUAAAGGGAGUGAAUUUCGAAUAUGUUGCUUGCAGAAUGUUAGUAUGUUACUAUUCUUCAAUUCAGUUUGGGAAUGCGUUAAUGCAGUCAUUUAACUUUCAGUGAUGCUGUUGUAGCAACAACACACUCCUUUCCACAAAAUGAAAACUUAGUUUUUUAUAAUUUUUUAAGUAAUGGGAUGGGGGGUAUUUUUUGUUCUUGUGUUUACACAAUGUUAUAUUUAUGUGACUUAUUUAUAUGAAUAAAAUAUAUUUAUCAGAUUAUUAUCUCAUUAAAAUAUUUAAUUAAAAAGCUGAACCUGUGAAACCACAAUUGUAUUUAUGUUUGCUUGGCACUAUAUUACAAUUUUGCAUUGGGAAAGUUUUUUUUUUUGUUUCGUUUUUGUGGCUCAUUUAAGGAGUUUGGAUGUCAUCAGAUUGUGUGUUACUUAGUCUGACAUAAUUGUAUAUUGUGUAUUAUUGUAUCUGCAAUAUACAACUCAUGUAAAAUGUCAUUAUUUAUAGACGUUUAAUAUGUGCACAAGCUCAGUGUGUAUGCAAUGAAUGAAAUAUUUAUAAAGUGGAUGAAUAUAAUUUUAUAGCAUUUUGAUUAAA